AUGAGGGCAGAACCACAAGUGCAGAAGAAGGUACAGACCCAUGAUGCAUUCCGGGAUCGCAGAUUAUAUGCUGACGUGAAAAGACCAGGAGUUGAUAUGUCUUGCAUCAAAGUUGGGAUUCUAACAACCAUCAGGAGGAGAAUCAAUAAAGAGAUUACAAUCUUAGCAGAUGGUAGAUGUAUAAAAAUUGGAAUAAUUGAAUUUGAUGAGGAAUGGUUCCCAUUUAAAUUCGAUCCGCCGGAAAAAAUCUCGGAAUCAGAUGAUGAAGGUGAUGACGAGGUUGACGUUGAUGCGGUUUCAGACAUAUGGAUAGAAGAAAAAAAUGAAGAUAGUAUGGAAGAAGGGGAGAUCGAUCCAAGGGACGUGAAAGUAAACAACAACUCCGUCGACCAUUCGCGGCCAUCGUGGACAGUGAGUAGGGCACCCAGGUGA